AUGGCCAGAAUCAGCAUUCCUCUUGACGCCAUCACCUCGCGCCUCAACCUCUCCGAUCGCUUCAGCAGCGUUCGUUCCCAGUCUAUUGCCUCGAGAUUUGCCAACAUCAAACCCAUCUCCGAGUUCCUGGACAUCAAGAGACUUUCCAAGCCCAACAACUUUGUCGAGGUUCAGAGCCGUGUUAAUUACAACCUAUCUUACUUCUCCUCCAACUAUGCCGUGGUCUUUGUCAUGCUCAGUGUCUACAGCCUUCUCACCAACUUGAAACUUCUCUUCGCCAUUCUUUUCGUCGUUGGUGGCAUGUGGACCAUUGGUAAACUAGGUGGAAAUGAUCUGGUCAUUGGUACCUUCCACGCCACCACUUCCCAACUAUACACCGGCCUGGUCUGUGUUGCUGUACCAUGGGCUUUCAUUGCUUCACCCAUCACCACCUUUUUGUGGUUGAUCGGCGCCACAGGCGUCACCAUUCUCGGGCAUGCUUCCCUCAUGGAUAGACCUAUCGAGAAUGCUUUUUCCGAGGAGGCGGUCUAG